AUGGCCCCGCUGCAGGGGCCGGCCCGGGGUGGCCCAGGCCAUAAAACCCGGCCCGGGCUGGGGCUCGGCUCAGCCCAGCGUGCCCCUGCAGCCACCAUGGUGCACUGGUCGGCCGAGGAGAAGCAGCUCAUCAGCGGCGUGUGGGCCAAGGUCAAUGUGGAGGAAUGCGGCGCCGAGGCCCUGGCCAGGCUGCUGAUCGUCUACCCCUGGACCCAGAGGUUCUUCUCUGACUUCGGCAACCUGUCCAGCCCCACGGCCAUCGUCGGCAACCCCAAGGUGCGUGCCCACGGCAAGAAGGUGCUGACCUCCUUCGGGGAGGCCAUCAAGAACCUGGACAACCUCAAGGGCACCUACUCCAAGCUGUCCGAGCUGCACUGUGACAAGCUGCACGUGGACCCCGAGAACUUCAGGCUCCUUGGGGACAUCCUGGUCAUCGUCCUGGCGUCCCACCUGGGCAGGGAUUUCAGCCCUGUGUGCCAGGCUGCCUGGCAGAAGCUCGUGGGUGUGGUGGCCCACGCCCUGGCCCACAAGUACCACUGA